UUUAGCAAAUAGCGACGGUCAAUGAGAGAAGAUUGUAUGACCUUUUUUUAAUAAUUAGUUAUUAUUACAGUUUACGCUUCAUUUUUGGGGCGGUUAGAAUUGUAAUUUAGAAAAUAUUCUCUCAGAAAAAUAAUCCUCCAGGAUGACAUCGGUCAGGGCGCUCAGUUUGAUGAAUAUGAGAAAGUUCUCUACUUCUCCUGCCUCCAGUCAGUUGGUCAAAGCCCCUCUGCAACUCUUCGGCAUCGAAGGUAGAUAUGUCAUGGCUUUGUAUUCUGCAGCUGUGAAGCAAAAGCAAUUGGAAACCGUGGAGAAAGAUUUUGAAAAACUUUCCACUACUUUAAAGUCUGACAAGGCUUUUCAAGAAUUCGUUCUUAAUCCUGUGAUUCCCAAAAAUUUAAAAGCUACUGCCAUCAAAGAUGUAUCCAGCAAAUUGUCAUUAUCCUCAUCUUCAACUAAUUUCCUUACUUUACUGGCUGAGAACGGUCGUUUGAAAAAUUUCUGGACUCUCGCUAAUCUUUUCAAGCAAGUGAUGAGCGCUCAUCGUGGAGACCUUAUUGUUGAAGUAACUAUUGCCAAGCCUGUUGAUGAUUCUACCAAGCAAGAAUUACAAGGAGUCUUGCAGAAAUUCGCCAAGAAAGGAGAAAAGCUAAUUCUGAAUUAUAAAGUCGAUCCAGCUAUUUUAGGUGGCAUGAUUGUUAGUAUUGGCGAUAAAUACGUUGACAUGAGCACUGCCAGUAAAUUCAAAAAAUACACCGAGAUUCUGAAAAGUUCUGUUUAAACAGAAUACGCUUUUGUAGGUUAUUAUAUUUUGUUGAUCGUGCGUAGAAAUUUACUUGUACAAUAUUUACCACAUAUUUUUUCGUUUGAAAUGACCGAAAAAAUGAGUUAUUUUAAAUUUGUAAAAUAUAUUUAUUAAAAACAG